AGGGAACAGAAGAAAUACAGACCUAAAUUAGGAAGAACCUGAAACUGGAAUGUCCAUCCCCUACCCCCCUCCUCCCCUCCGCCUGUGAAUCAAGAGGACCUGGAAUGUUGAAGGAAGAAGAGGGCCAAAUUCUGGCACAGUCCGCGGCCAGUCCCUUCCAGCUUAGCACCGAGCACCCUCUCGGCAGGGGCCGUGCCUGGAACUACAACUCCCAGGAUGCAGCAGGCAGAGAAGCUGGCCAAUCAGGAUGCACAGUCCUGCUAUUCACAGUCGGCUCCGCCCCACCGGCUGUCAGAGCUUUGGUGACGGUUCGCCAGAGCCAGCUCACCACGUCUCACCUCUGGGGAAUGCCCUUGGACCGGCCUCUCCUUUCAGUCCGAGCGAUGGCCUACCUGAGAUCUCCACGGAAGGCUUGACACACCUCUGACCUCUCUCCAGUGGCUCUAAAGUGAGUGAAGUAGGAUAAAUUCCUCGACUCAGGAGAAAGCAGAGACAAGAAAUUGACUUAACGAUGUUUAAGAAUAAUGUUCCUGACCAUGAGCUAAAUGUGGAAGCCAUAAUUAAAAACAUUAACACAAUUUCUUCAGAGUUGAAGAAGAUGAAAGAGCUCUCCCAGUUGCUGCUUUGUGAUCUUACUCUACAUUUUAAUCGUCCUGUGAAGACAGAUGACUUACAGGAACCAAAAGGGAAAACCCCCUUCUCUGAAGAGUCUAAAAUAUCAGAUGUAUCCUUUGCUUCUACCAGCUUUUCUAUCUGAUUUCUUUUUGUUUGUUGUGAAUUUGUAACUGUAUUUAUUGUAGAAUUAACAUGUAUCUGGGAGAAUUGAGUCUACUAACAUAUUUAAUAUGAUAAAAAA